GCCGCGUCUCCGUGCCGUGGCGGAAAGAUGGCGGCGGCCAUAGAGUGACCGGCGGCGGGACCCAGCGGCGGGACCCAGCGGGUGAAGAUGAAGUAGAGCUCUUACCAUGGACCAUGACGCUCCCACCAUCAGGCCCCGCCGCAUCCAGAACCAGAACGUAAUCCACCGCCUGGAGCGCCGGCGGAUCAGCUCGGGCAGGGCCGGCACCCACUGGCACCAGGUGCGUGUCUUCCACCAGAACGUCUUCCCCAACUUCACCGUGGUCAACGUGGAGAAGCCGCCCUGCUUCCUGCGCAAGUUCUCCCCCGACGGGCGCUACUUCAUCGCCUUCUCCUCCGACCAGACCUCCCUGGAGAUCUACGAGUACCAGGGCUGCCAGGCGGCCGAGGACCUGCUGCAGGGCUACGAGGGGGAGAUCCUGGCCAACGGCAACGACCAGAGAUCCGUCAACAUCCGCGGGCGGCUCUUCGAGCGCUUCUUCGUGCUGCUGCACAUCACCAACGUGGCCUCCAACGGGGAGCACCUGAACCGGGAGUGCAGCCUGUUCACCGACGACUGCCGCUAUGUGAUCGUGGGCUCCGCGGCCUACCUGCCCGAGGAGCCUCACCCCCCCUUCUUCGAGGUGUACCGCAACAGCGAGUCCGUCACCCCCAACCCCCGCUCGCCCUUGGAGGAUUACUCCCUGCACAUCAUCGACCUGCACACCGGCCGCCUCUGCGACACGCGCACCUUCAAAUGCGACAAGGUCAUCCUGUCCCACAACCAGGGGCUGUACCUCUACAAGAACAUCCUGGCCAUCCUCUCCGUGCAGCAGCAGACCAUCCACGUCUUCCAGGUGACUCCCGAGGGGACGUUCAUCGACGUGCGCACCAUCGGCCGCUUCUGCUACGAGGACGACCUGCUGACGCUGUCUGCCGUGUAUCCCGAGGUGCAGCGGGACUCGCAGACCGGCAUGGCCAACCCCUACAAAGAGCCCUUCAUCAACUCCCUGAAGCACAGGCUGCUGGUGUACCUGUGGAGGAGAGCCGAGCAGGAUGGCAGCGCUAUAGCCAAGAGAAGGUUCUUCCAGUACUUUGACCAGCUGAGGCAGCUGCGCAUGUGGAAGAUGCAGCUGCUGGACGAGAACCAUCUGUUCAUCAAAUACACGAGUGAGGACGUGGUGACGCUGCGGGUGACCGACCCUUCCCAGCCCUCCUUCUUCGUCGUCUACAACAUGGUGACCACGGAGGUUAUUGCUGUGUUCGAGAACACCUCUGAUGAGCUGCUGGAGCUGUUUGAGAACUUCUGUGACCUCUUCAGGAAUGCCACCCUGCACAGUGAGGCCGUCCAGUUCCCCUGCUCAGCCUCCAGCAACAACUUUGCCAGGCAGAUCCAGCGCCGGUUCAAAGACACUAUUGUGAAUGCCAAGUACGGCGGGCACACGGAGGCGGUGCGGCGGCUGCUGGGCCAGCUCCCCAUCAGCGCCCAGUCCUACAGCGGCAGCCCCUACCUCGACCUCUCCCUCUUCAGCUACGAUGACAAGUGGGUGUCAGUCAUGGAGCGGCCCAAGACGUGUGGCGAUCACCCCAUAAGAUUUUACGCUCGUGAUUCUGGCCUCCUGAAGUUUGAGAUCCAGGCGGGACUGCUGGGGCGGCCCAUCAAUCACACAGUGCGGCGCCUGGUCGCCUUCACCUUCCACCCCUUCGAGCCCUUUGCCAUCUCGGUGCAGCGCACCAAUGCCGAGUACGUGGUCAACUUCCACAUGAGGCACAGCUGCACGUAGCGCCGCACGCGCCCACGGCAGCUCUCCUCGGCUCCGCGCCUCUGCCACACCUCACCAAAGCCAGCUGCUGGCACCUUCUGGGAAACCAAACCGUCCCUGGUGCCACAGAACCUGAGCUGGGAGCUCCUGCUGUGCACAGCCCUUCCGCUCACCCGCGGCCCGCGAGUGGCUCUUCUCAGCGUGAACCGCUGCCGAUGCUCCCUGUUGCUGCCGAUGGACAAAGUGGAGCGGAGGUUCCUGUCCCACUUGUCCAGAGGCGUGGCUGUUCUCUGUCGUGCUGUAGUUCUUCAGGUGGGAAAGACAAAGCUCUGCACCGUUUGUGGAGUGCUCCCUUCUGCAGUAGCGUGUUGGACAAACAGCGUGUCUCAGAGGGAGCGGAGGGCCUUGGGAAUACAGGUAGCUCUGUUUGUGUCUUCAGUGUUACUAGGGAAAUGAAAUCCUGUGUUCAGCCAUGCAGUCUACUCAUGGGAUUUUAAUAUGCAAGAGGUCAGGGAAGAAAAAGGUGUGAGAAGUCACUGCAAUUGAGAUGUGAGGCGUGUUCCUGACUCUUAUGCAAGUCAAUCUUUGUGCCUUAUUAUCAGUAAAAGCUCCUAAGUGGAGGGUGGUGUGUUAAUACCAGAAAGCCAGAGCAGCUGGUUGUGCCUCUAAUGCGUGAGGAGGUGAGUAUGGGAGCAAGAUGAGUGACUGGGAAGACUGUGGAAAGCAACAGCAGCUCCUUGUUCAUGUCAGAAGGACUUUUCUGCAGCAUGGGGGUGAAUCCUCACAGCCAUCUGCAGGUUCUGCUGCUUGAGGGGAAGUGAGACCCAGCUGCUGGCAGCCUCCUGCACAUUGGAAUACGAGUGUGGAGAGUUAAUAGUACUUGGGUUUGCCCAGAAAGGAGGGAGGAGACCUGAAUUCAUGUGCAUUGCUGCAGGUUUGCAGUUAGGAGUCGAACUUGUUGGCUUAGGUUGCUUACCUGUCCCCAUUUGAUACGCUGUUCUCUGUGAGAACCCAAUUUGCUGUUACCGGGCGUCAGAGCACAGCUGGCUGGUGCAUCGAUGCGGCAGUGUUCAUGCUGCUCCUGAGAUAAGCUCCUGGUGUAAUAUUACCUGCCACCGUGGGCUGGUGAGGAUGCUGGCCUGCCCCUUUUUCUCUCUUAAAACCAGAGUUUUUGGUUGCAGGCCAGCCUUUGGGGGUUUCUGCACACAGGCUGGUUCGUGAGUGUGUGCUGCCAGGCAGUGCCACCAUCCCGGCGUCACGGGCUGCUCUGUCCUGUUCCUAGAGGAGGUACACGGGGGGCAUUAGAACAUUGGUGCUUCUACACAGGAGACCUUCUACUGUAAAGGACCCUGUGGGUGUGUUGUUUGGACCAAAAUGAGCUGUGAGUGGUGUUGUUGUGGCCACAUGCCCGUGAAGAGCAGCGCUGAAGCCAGGCGUUCAUUGUGUGCGUGGCAACGCGUGGGGGUGAGCUGUGGGGGCUGUUGGUGCCUGCUUGUACCAUCAAUAGUGGACCUUGUCACAGGUUGCCCUGGCUCCUUGAAUCAGCCUUCACUCUCUGUCUCACAGCACUUCUCUCCUGGCCUUGCUAAACGUUAUUUCUAGGGUAAGACAUUGUAUUUCACCACUCUUUUCCUGGUGUUUGCACUGUUGGUUUCUCAGGUCUGUCGGCAGAGGCUUCAGGUCAGACAACUGCUAACAGAGGAGGUGUCAGGCCAUGUGUGCUUUAGCUCCAGGUUCCUCUCCAUCUAAUAACACUAUUUGUCAAGGUUUUACGUUUUUAUCCUGUGAUCUGUUCCUCAAACAUUCAAUUAAAGCUCCAAGUGGAGAAUCAUUUGCACAUUGUAGAUCGUGGAUUUAGCUCCUUCUGCACCACUCUCACAUUUGUUCACACUCAUAGCAUGAGGCUUUCUUUUUUUCCUCCUUUAUUUUUUUGGCUUUUCCAAAGCUCUCAGCAGCUCCAUCCAAGACUGGGUUUAUACUCCUUGGCAUUGUAGCCUUGGGAGGUCAGUGCUUGCUGAAAUAGCUGUCAAACCUUCAUUUAGACUUUGUUUUCGAUGGCAAAAGUAUUAAUCACUUCAGCAUUUCUGCAGUGGGGGGCUGUCCAAAUUCAGGCUGUCCCACGUGAAGCAGGGACUGUGACACAGAUUGUUGGACUUGGGGCUGAGAGACCAGAGAUCUUUUCUUAGCUCUGCUAUUAAAUUGUUCUGUGACUGGGGGCAAAUCUCUUCCUGUUCCAGCUGGUGUUUUCUUCUCCGUAAAUGAGGCCAAAAACAUAUUUUCAGCAUUUGUAAAACACUUUGAGAUUCAUGGAUUAAAAGUGCUGGUUAAGUGCUAAGUAUUUUCUUAUUAUGUUUGCAGACACACUGAUUGAUCAUUCUGGGUACUAAUUGCCUUGGAGUAGCACAGCAGAUCCUCUGGUCUUGGUUGCUGCAUUUUAUAUCUACAACAGAGUUAAUUUUAUUACAGAAAUGUAUCGAAAGAAAAGUCUCUCAUGCUUGAGAUUUUGAUUCUUUUAUUUAAGGAACAAAAAAGUGUGUGUGUGU